AGGUUUAUUCUUAUUAUUUUCAUUGCGAAGGGGAGAGGAAAAAUAAACCUCUGGUUGAAAGCGGCAAUUGAUUCAUUGAGCCGCGCCAAUCAGUUUGAAUUAGGGUCAGAUCCUGACUCUGUCUUUUGAUUGGAUGAUCGUAUUAAAGCUCUCUGAUUGGUUAUAGAUGUUCUAUUUGAAUCAAUCAGAGAACUUUAAUACAAUCAUCCAGUCAGGAGACCUAAUUCAAACUGAUUGGCGCAGCUCAAUGAAUCAAUUGCCGCUUUCAACCAGAGGUUUAUUUUUCCUCUCCCCUUCGCAAUGAAAAUAAUAAGAAUAAACCUCUGGAACCAGGGUAUCCAAGUAUCUGCAUGUGAUUGCAUUGAUAUUUUGUUUCAAUAUUUUCAUGGCAAUUUGAUGAAUUUGACCUUUUUUAUCCCCAGGCGCCGAAUAGACAAUUUAUAAUAUUUUUAGUAUUUUGAGCAGUCUUAAAACUCUUAGUGCCGGAUAGUGUUAACUGGGCUUUUGUACGACCCGAUUUUCCAAGAGUUUAAAUUGUAUGCGUCAGAAAGCGAGUAAAACGGAUAUGAUCAUAUGCAACCGAUCGAUGAUACCGAUCGCUGUAUGCGGUAUGUCUUUCAAAACUGUAGGUUGAUCAGAGUUAACAGUAAUUUCACUAAAGAACUAAAGAAGACAAGUCCGUUCUUAUCAGUGGCAUGGCUCGUAGUCUUCUUGAGGAUCUUGCGCCUCUGAUCUUUGGCUUUGACUGCGCUUUGCAGUCUCGAACGAAUUAGCUGGUACAUCUUUAUGUGCUACUCGCACUCGGUUUCCCUUAUGGCAAAUUUGCUCGUGCCUCUUACGGUAAUCGUCGGGCCGUAUGUUAGAUAACCUUUAUGGUUAAUACGUUUUCCCUCGUGAAAUAAAUAAUAAAGUUUGAUAUAGUCGUCAAAAAUCGAAUUACAUUCAAGACACUAAAGUUUUAUUCUUUUUCUUUUGGGUUUUGAACCGCACAUAAUUGAUAACGAGCCUUCGCUAUAAGAGCAGUCGAGCGAAGAACAUGCCGGAAACGUGGGUUUCACAUUUCAGCCUCCCGUCGAUUUUCGACAAAUAAAAGACUAAUACUAUUACUAGAAAAUAGAAAUACAUUUAAAUGGUAUAAGGCCACACAAACCAUUAUUUUAAAUCCGGAAUUUAUCGCUUUAUUUAUCGCCAUCGUUCUUAACUUUUACAAUUUACUGAAUGCCAAAUUCGUAAUUUGCCGAACAGUAACGAAGCAAUUUGCCGACUGGAGCCGACUUGCGAAAAUUAUUGGGGGAGCACCCCCGCUCGCGACGGCCCUCUUUUCUUGGAUGUUCUUGACAAGCCUGCUCCUGUAAGAGAAAAGAGUGUGAAAAACAAACCGAAUGUGCCUUGUCUAACAAGUGUUAUUUUCCGCUGGCUGAGGCACGAAAGAAGCGGAAAAUGUUUUCUCACACAUUGCUGGGAGCCUGAUGAAAUCAGGGUAUCACAGGGUGGUGCAGGUUAUAUUAGCAUAUUUUUGUUGUUGUUCAGCGUAGCUUGACAGUAUUUUUUCGCUCGCGAUUUAUUUUAAUUUAAAAAGGCUAGUUAACCUAUCUUUUCACGGAGGCCAAUGGAAAAACGUAAAAAUGGAAAGGUCGUUGAGGGCCUUAAAACUGUUCGUGGCACCUUCGAUUAGUACAAAUAACGAAGAAAUUCUUAGCGGCAAUGUGGACCAUUUCUCAACAGAAGACAGCUCAGCUGAUAAAAAUGUUGGUAGUUCUCGUCGCAGUGUAUGUGAAAGUGAGGAUCGCCGACGACCAAAAGUUAUUCGCUUAGAUCUAAAUUUAGUGCAGUGGUCGUGAGAGGGGAGAUCGAAUCCGUAGUUCUCUGCAAAGCGGUAGUAGGAAUUCGCACGAAGAGUGCCGAAGCUGUUCGCGUCCUCGAGCAAGAAGCAGUAUCGUACUACCCGAAGGAAACGAUCACACCGGUCGCAUUCGACGUCCCGGCAAGGAGCCACCAGCGUAGGCAAAAGAACUGCUUUUUCAUUAACGACAAAACGCGGACGUGUUGAAAAGUUGAAAUCGCAGGUUACGAAAAACUCAAGCGAAGGUUCUUCGACAGCAGCAAAGGUCGUCAAGCUAGCACGAGUUUCGCUACGCCGGAAAUAAAAAGCAAUACGAUGUCAAUCAAUCGGUCAUUCAGAGAAUGGAUUGCGCGCUUGCCUCGUAUGAUCUUGAAGGAGUACCGAUAGAAAUCAGCGCAGGUAGAAGCUUACUUAUGGAUCACAUCUUUUACUUGCUGAUAAAUACGGAGGUGACACUGUAGAAUGUUAUUCAGCUGAGCCCUUAGCUAGUGAUUCUAAAAAUGAAAAACGGAUAAGGAGGGCGAUAAAAGAGGGCGAUAAAAGUGAGCAUGUCGUUGCGGAAUGAGGAUAAUGACCGGUCCCUAAUGCAGUUUCAGACCUCUAGCAAUUCUUAUAUAAAAUUAUCAAUUCUGAUGUGGAAUACUAAUGACAUGAUUCUCCCACACAAGCAGGGGGCGUGGGUCUGUAUAUUCACAAUAGCUUAGAAUUUCACUUAAGACAAGAUAUUAAGUUACUGGUUGAUGGUUGUGAGAAUUUAUGGGUUGAAAUUCAUACACCUAAAAUGAGAAAAAUAUUAUUAUAGGCAUAAUAUAUAGACACCCACACUCUAAUAUUUCUGCAUUUAAAGAUACUUUGUCAGAUAAAUUGGAGCAUAGUUUGAAUGAAAAUAAGCAAUUAAUCAUUAUUGGGGAUAUAAAUAUUGAUCUCAUAAAAUGUGAAACACACCAACUUACUUCUGAUUACCUUGAUAUGAUAUACUCUAACUCUUGUUUUCCUGUUAUUACACAGCCUACUAGAGUCACAAACUACACUGAAACUCUAAUUGACCAUAUUUAUACCAAUGUUUUAAACAAACCUAUUACAUCCGGAAUCUGCAUGACUGAAAUUUCCGAUCAUUUUCCUGUUUUUCUAGUCUUGCAUAAAAUAAAGACGGCAACAAAACGGAAUAUGAAGAAAAGAAACUUCAAAAACUUCAAUAAUGAUAUUUUUUACAAGACCUAGAAACAUCUAUCAGUGACACUAACCAUAAUAGAAAUGUUAACAAUACAUUUUCCAAUUUCUUUUCCAUAUUUACAUCAACAGUAAAUAAACAUGCACCUAUACAAAAUGUCUCUAGGAAAGAAUUUAAACUUUCUGCGAAACCUUGGAUUACUCCUGCGAUAUUAAAAUCAAUAACAAGAAAACAAUAUCUUUAUUAUCAUCAUUUUAUCAAAGGCAAUGAAGAUCAAAAAAGGUACUACAAAUCAUACUCUAAUACUUUAACUCAUUUGAAAGAAUUGAGUAAAAAGUUAUAUUUUAAAAAUAAAACAACAAAAAUUCAAGGUAAUAUAAAAGAAACAUGGAAAAUUAUUAACCGAAUAGUUAAAAUAAGGUCUAAAGGUUUAUUACUCCAGACAAGAUAAAUAAUAAUGGCGUUGAAUUUGAUCAACCGCAGGAUAUUGCCAAUCAAUUCAACAUCUUAUUCAGAGAUAUUGGUCCUCAACUUGCAGAAAAAAAUAUCUCCUUCCAAUAAAGACUUUCGAGAUUAUCUUACUCCUUUGAAUACUCACGAAAGUUUCUUUCUUACACCUACAACUCCUAAUGAAGUGGCUUCUAUGAUAAAUGAGCUCGAUGCCUCAAAGGCUUUGGGCCCUCAUGGAAUUCCUAUUUGUUUACUGAAACUUGCAAAACCAGUUAUUGCAUCAGAACUAAAGUGAAUUAUAUAAUUUUUCAUUUACUUCUGGUAUAUUUCCUGAAGAAUUCAAGCUCUCGCGAGUAAUUCCUCUUUAUAAAAAUGAAUCGAUUCACUUGUUAUCAAAUUACAGACCUAUUUCUUUACUCUCACCAUUCUCAAAAAUGUUUGAAAAAUUAAUGUGCAAACGACUAUUAUCAUAUUUGAAUAAAAAGGACAUUAUAAACAAAUACCAAUUUGGAUUUCGGAAAAAUCAUUCAACAACGUUGGCAUUAAUUGAAAUUAUUGACAAUAUUCUUAAUGCCAUGGAUAAGGGGCUUUAUACUUGUGGAAUAUUUAUUGAUUUUUCAAAGGCAUUUGAUACUAUCAACCACACGAUUCUCCUCUCCAAGUUGGAGCACUAUGGUAUUCGUGGCGUUGCGUUACAUUUGUUUAGAACCUAUCUAACGGAUCGCUCACAAUUUGUAGACCUUAAUGGGACACUCUCAAACACUAUUAAAACAAACUGUGGUGUUCCACAGGGUUCAAAUUUAGGCCCACUAUUAUUUCUUAUUUAUAUUAAUGACAUUUCGAAUUGUAGCAAUGUUUUAAAAUUGCGGUUGUUCGCAGACGACACUAAUUCUUUUUUGGAAAAUAGUAAUAUACUAACUUUAACCACAAUGGUUAAUGUUGAAUUAAAAAAACUUACCAAUUGGAUUAAAGCAAAUAAAUUAUCGCUAAAUAUAAAAAAAUCGAAAUUUAUGAUAUUUUCAUCCGUUAGAAAACAAUUUCACUAUAUUCCAAAUAUCAAGUUAGAUGGCUCUUCACUAGAGCAGUCAGAAUUUUUUAAAUAUCUGGAUGUCCUUCUUGACAGAAACUUGAGUUGGAAAUUUCAUAUAAACGUUAUAUGUAAGAAACUUUCCAAGAAUAUUGGCAUGAUUUCAAAAUUACGUCACUAUGUUGAUCUUGACACACUAAAAAAUGUUUAUUACUCCCUAAUAUAUCCUUACCUUUAUAAUGGGGCAAUUAUCUGGGGAAAUACGUACCAGUCUCGUCUUAAUCAGUUAAACAUUUUAAACAACAAAGCUGUCAGGAUCAUGACUUUUUCCGAACCUCAAUCCCAUGCUCCACCUAUCUACAAAUUACUAGGUAUUCUUCAAGUAAAAGACAUUGUUUACACCCAAAAAUGUACUUUUAUGUACGAUUACUUUAAUAAUAGGUCACCAGUAGCAUUUUCUAAUUAUUUUACACACUCUUCAGAAAUACAUCAACAUUAUACUCGAUAUUCAACCAAUAAUUGUCAUUUGCCAUCUGUUUCUAGUAACUCAGGAAAAUUCUCAUUAAAAAUUUCUGGAAUAAAAAUCUGGAGUUCUCUUGAUAAUCAAGGCAAAUUACUACCUAGGAAAUCUCUAAUAAAAAGAAUUAAAAAGAAUUACCUUGAUACCUAUUCCUAAUAUCAAAUGUUUACUAUAUACUGUCUUAUAUCUAUAUACUAUAAUCAAAUCAAACCUAUUGUGUGUGAUACAAAUUGUUAAUGUACAGUAUGUGUGUAUAUAUGUAUUUAUUAUAUUUCUAUAUAUAUUUCUAUAUAUAUUUCUAAAUUUAUUUUUCUUUUGUAUUAUUAUUUGCCAUAUUUAAUUCAUUGUUGUAUAUAGUUCUUAUGGGGAAUUGGCUCGAAAACUUUAGUUACUCCAAUUCCCCAGCACCGUUCUCUUUCAUGUAAAACUUUAUUGUAAUAUUCUUGUCAUUUUUUUUUCGAGUGCAAAUAAAAUUCUAUUCUAUUCUAUUCUAUUCUAUUCUAUAUUUCUAUUCUAUUCUAUUCUAUUCUAUUCUAUUCUAUUCUAUUCUAUUCUAUUCUAUAAUGAAGUUGGGUUUGGGAUAUCUGAAAAAAUACCAAUCACUUAAAAAUAUCUAACUAACUUUAAAACGAAUUUGUAUCCAGUGCAGCUUAUUCGUCGAAAGUUCAUUUCACCAAUUUCCACACAAGUAUAAAUAUUUGUUUUGCAGCAGCUGUUCAAUGCUGUGUGCAGGGCCGUAACUACUGAAAGCAUUUCGAAAGUGGAGAGUAUUUUCCAAUAGGGGCACUUUUGUAUAUGACCAAAAUCAAACGAUUUUCUGAACUGAAUGACAUGUUUUGAAAAUAUGGAGUCUCUAUAACGUCUCUUUUAACACGGAAAUGCAGUGAAAAAAGGCAACGUGAACGUUACUAGGUCCAUUUGCAGAGAAAUAUUUAUAUAGUCCCAGUUGCAUUUGCCUCUUUUCAAACGUCAGAACGUCACUUGUUAUCGUCAGUGGCGUAACCAGCCCGACGAUUUGGUCAUUUGAUCAUUAUUCAUUUGUUUAGAAAUUGAUUGUGUUGAUAGUUUAAAAACAUGUGAAUAUUUGCAUAGCGGGACUGAAUCGUAAAUUUAAAAAGGUAACGAUCACUCACACACAUUUCGUUACUUUUUUUAUUUGCAGGCGUUUUCCGUAUUUGCAGACGCGAGAAAAGAAGACAUUUUAAAACGAACAAAAUUACUUAGCUUUUACAAGAAUUUUGAAGAUAUUUUAAAGAAUUGUGACGAGAAAUUGCAAGAAAGUUUGAGCAGAAAGAUAGACAUCGUGAAAGAAGUUGAACAAAAAAGGAAAAACCUGGAAGUUGAAGAAUAUGUAGUUCUUGUUGCUGGUAAGUUAAUCCCUAUUAUUAAAAUAACAAACAGGGCCGCCAAGAAGUUGCACCAGGCCCGGGGCAAACUUUUCUGCAGGGCUCUGGACAUAUUUUUUCUCGAUCAUAAACAUUUCCCGGAAAUGUUGGGGAGGGGAGGGGGUGGAGGAUCACGAUGUUUCCAAUCUUCAAAUAUUUCCUUUUUUUUAAGUUCGCCUUAUUCUAUUCUUAAUUCAGUACAAUUUUACUUGAUUUAUUGAACAUAAACUGGCAUGAAUGCAGCUAUUGGCCUCAACGUCGCUAUGGAAACUUUUAUGCAAAACAAAUUUAUUGUAUAAGUUUAUUUACCUAGGUGAGACAAGUUCAGGAAAAAGCAGUUUGAUAAACCUCAUCCUAGGAGAAAAUAUUCUGCCAUGUGGUACCCUACCUAUGACACAUACUAUCUGUGAAAUGCGAUAUGGGGAGACAAGGAAGGUAAUAGCUCAUUACAGAGAUCAGCAAAGACAACAAGAAGAGCUAAUCCUACUUGAUCCAACAGAAGGUCAGAGUUAUAUCCAACAACUUCAUGAUUACUUGGCCCAGGAUAAGAAUCGUGACGAAGGAUCCCGUUUCGAAAAAUGUGAAUUAUUCUGGCCUCAUGAUUUGCUAAAGGUGAGAGAUUAGUUCAAUAAAUUUCGCGUGCGUUUAUAGUGUUAUAAUGCGCGUGGAGAAUGUAUAGGAAGAACAGUUCUUGAAAUUAUUGCUGCACGAGCUUUGAUCCACAUUUCUAGAAAUUAUCAUUAAUUUUUUCGUGUUUUGCUGAAGAAACGCCAAACAGUUUUUAAGCAUUUGAGCUACUUCAGUAGUGAAAAUUGCGUAGGUUUUGUAACUUUAUGAAAUCUUUCUCAGCCGACAGACAGGUGUAAUUCAUACUGAAAAAACGCCUGCGAAAAUGUCCUUGCUUGCUUUUAUUGCUGCUUUUCUGCAAAAUAGCGAUGAUAGCAAAUAGAUAUGAUUCCAGGUAUCGACUAAUUUUUAUCUAGACAAGAAAGACGAAAUGUAUCAUUAUAGCUUAAAAGAACAUCCUUGAAUUAGUAAAACUGCAAAGUUUGGUUGCGAAAUGUUGUAAAAUACAGUCCUGUAAAAUUAGAAAAUUUUGGGUAUUUAAUUAGUAUUACGGCCGAAAAGGUACCACUUUCGGCUCAAAAGUGGUGCAUUUUUCCGCUCGUAGUACUACAUACAACAUUUAGCAACCAAAUGUGGUAAUUUUACUAAUUUAAGGAUGUUUUUUUAACCUAUAAUGAUAGAUUUUUUCCUUUUUGUCUGGAUCAAAAUUUAGUCUAUAUGUAGCUGGAAUCAUCCAUUCGAUGAUCGAAAACAAAAAAUGUUAACACUAUAGUCUUCAAUUUUCUCAUCUGUUUAUUUAUUUUUUCUUUUCUUUAUUCUUUUAGAAUGGAAUAGUAAUUGUUGACAGUCCAGGAAUUGGCGAACGCCAUGUGUUAAAUAGAGUAGUGACAGAUUACCUUCUUAAGGCGUUUUGUUUUCUUUACGUCAUAAACAGUGACAAUGGCGGGGGAGUUCAAAGAGAUCGGGUAAGUUAUUUGAAGAUGAUUAUUAUAAGAGUGGUUAGAUGGAAUGUGCGAAGGUUUUUAAUUGGUAAGUCAACAACAGACGUCUUCACGACCCGCGUGUGGAAUCUUUGAUCCUAUAUUUGUAUAUACUCACACCAAAAGCAAUGAUUAAGCAUAUGGAUCAAUUAAUUAAUGCUAAAAUGUUAGCAGUUGGCCACUUAAUUUUUGGUACUUUGCUGUUUUGCUUCUCUAAUUUUUACAUGCUUGUUAAAUUGAAAAGAUUGGGUUUUGAUAGUUCCUUAAGAAUUCCGUAUAUGGAAUUCUUAGAGUUUAUGAAAUCAAUUUAAUAUUUUAAUUUCUAAAACAAUAUAAGUUAUAUAACGAUGCUAAAGUGUAUGUCCCACGCGAGAGUAUCUGAAUUUAGAGAAUGAUAUUAAUUUAAUGAGAAAAAGUGAAGAUAGAGAUAAUUAUCUAUAAUGGGAUUUUUAUAUGGAGGUACAAUCCUGGACAAAACCAUCUGCAACACUCUAUUAAAACAUUCCAUUCUUGGAUUUUUUUUACCUUAAGACGGGAAUAAUUCACUCGUUUGCUCCACCUUCCUCCGCCUCCCCUAAAGCAAUACGGGACGUUUUAACCGUAUUCUGCGAAUGCAAUAUAUGAACAUUGAAUGGUGGGGGUAAUUGGAAGGUUUUAUAAAUUUGAGAUAAUAUUACGAAAUGUUGUCAAAUAAUUGGAAGUGUUGCAGAUUUUUUGUCCAGGAUUGUAGGUCAGUUUUCCCGAGGGGAAUUCUGGCCCAAAUUUAGCAAGAUCUCGGGCUAAAGGGCCGCGCUCUCGGUUUGAUGGGCCUGCACUUUACCUAUAUAUACAGAAUAAGAAAGGCAGUAUCUCACCACAACUGGGCCAGCUUGGGUAACACAGGGCAUAUAAAAACAUUUUAUGUGCAAAUGAACAAAAUGACCCGUUGGGGGCGGGUUGAUGGUGGGUGUUUCUGUCAACAUUUUGGAAAGCAAUAUUAUUAGAAAAAUUAGAAUAAUUAUACAUAUUAAACUCUGCCUGUAGUAUAUAUUUAUGGUUAUUUUAAUUUUGACCCCACCUCUGCAUGCAAGGAUCUUUUGGCUGCCCCACCUAAAACAGGUAUUAUUUUUCAGUUACCCCACCAUUAUCUCUUUGGGCCCCAUCUUGGCCAUAAAAAAUUGAGCGAUUUCUUAAAUGUUUCUGGUAAUUUCUUUAAAGUAAAAUUUAAAACCCUCUUUACAGCUGAUUGUAUGAAACGAUUCUCCCAUAUGUUUCAACUGAAAUGUUGGCAGUUGCCUCAUUCCACUCCUGGAGUUCUCGAAAUUUUGUUAUUCAGCGAGAUGGCCACCCACCAUCACACUUUUCAAAUCGCUCACAGCUUUCUUUUUCCUGGGUGUAAAUGCACUCGGGACGGCGCUUGGUGCCGUUGCCUCGGAGAAAGAAACGUUAAGCGAGAGCUCUAAACACUAAACCUUUUGGAAGGUUCCUCGGCAGCCACAGAAUAUAAACUGGCAGUCUAGAUUUCUCCUCCCCAUCUUAAUAAUUUUAACAGCCAGCCCAACAUAUCCAAGAAAGCUUAUACUACUGCAGUCGAAACUAUGAUUGACAAACGUGUUGUUUUUCUAAUAAUAGAUUCUUCAUUGUAGGUAAUAAGCCUUCUACAGUGCGUUAGGAACCAAUCCCUUGAAAGCUUUCUUUGUGAAUGUGCGGUGUUCGUUUGCAAUAAGUGGGAUCAAAUAGAGAUUAAGGGGACUGAUGCUGAAUCCCGUGUCAGGAAAUAUAUAACUGAACGUCUGGAGAACACAUGGCCGAAUUUGAAGCCGCAGUCACAAGUUGUUGAACUGUCCACUAAAAAUGCCGCUGAAUCUCAAAACUAUGGCAUCAUUUCCCAACAGUUCGUUGCAGUUAUGAACGCCGUAAGAACAAUGAUGCUGAAAACAAUUGGCGCAAGACUUAAAGCUGAGUGCAGGUACAGUACUGCCAAGAAAUAACUUAUCAAAAACCGCGUCCAAGACGCGGGUAUCUUGCGUCCACUGUGCGUCCACGGGCGCCCGCGGGUGCGUCCGUCCUGCGACCGCCGUGCGUCCGUCGUGCGUCCACUGUGCGUCUGCGGGCGCUUGCGGGUGCGUCCACUGUGCGGGCCCCAUGCGUUCGCUUUGCGUUUGCGGGCGAGGACGCAGCUGAGAAAGAGUUCUAUUCGUAGAUCGUCGGAAAUUAUCGCGUUUCGAUUUUCAUAAACAAACCGUGGGCGUCGGAAAAUAUUCAUGUUAGCGAUUUCACACCACGUUUUUAUGCUUAUAUACACAAGCGUUACAGACCUAGAAUCCUAGAUAUUUAUAUUUCUAAUAUUAAACUUACCGUGAAUUUUCAGAAUUUGUGCUUCGUAAAGUUCCUUUUCGUAUUUGAUCUCUACUUUCGCACCUUCGUAUAACGUUUGGUUUAAACCCAGUAUUCUUUUAAUGCACCUAUGGUUUUAUAUAUUCUUCGAAGAAAUCCAACAUACGUUUUGCCGGUUUGACGAAUAAGCGAUCGAUACCUCAUUUUAUUAGUCUGAUAGUAAUACAAAUCGAGUGAUAUUUGUCUGAGCUCUUCACUUCAGCGUUAACGAAUUAUACUGCAACUUUGAAAAUCAAGCGAUGAGUCACAGUCCUUGAACCGUGUUGAAACACAAAGACUGUUUCCUGGACAUGUAAAGGUAUUCCAUUAAGGGAUUAAGAGAAGUCAUUUAUCCAGAAAUUAUAUGGUAAUUAUCAAUUUAUAUGACAUAUCACCAUGUGCAUUUACUUUGUUUUGGAAAAACAACAAAAACUGCUGUAAAUAAGGUUAUAUGGUGGCUCGUAGUAAUCACGGUAUUUUAAAUGACGAGUUACCAUGGGCGUACCGGAAGGAAAAAAUUAGGGGGGCGGAAAGAAAAUUGCCCGACUUUUCGGGAUUCUGCCCGACUAGUACCAAAAAAUUUUUUCCGGAAAAAUUAUUUUGGCGACCUUCCCCCCCCCCCGUCGCCAAAAAUAUUUCGGUCAGUGUACCAUUUUAGGGGUCAAAAAAUUUUCCGGACAACCAAUAUUUUUCGGAACAUAACACAAAUUUUCGAAAAAUCGCAAAAUUUGCCAAAAACUUUACUUCAUUUUAGACAAAAUUUGCAGAAUUUGUCCCAUUUUUUUAUUGCAAACCAAAAUUGCCCGACUGUUGAUCGAAUAUUGCCCGACUGCCCAAAAAACUGGGGGGCUACCGCCCCCCCCCCCCGCCCGGUACGCCUAUGCGAGUUACGGUAUUAUUUGUAUUAUUCAAAUACAGAAUUGCAUAUCAACUAAUCGGCAAUCAUCUACGAGGUAAGUCAGAAUUUGAGUAGCAAAUGAAUGUGUUGGGUGAUAUAUACUCGUUGUAGUCGUGAUCUCACUGAGUUUAGUAUAUGUGUCUACAUUAUAUUUAUAUAUAGUUUAUGUUUAUUUUACGCUCCAAUAUACAGUCAUAUACGCUUCAAUCGCCACUCAAGUACGCGUGAUUGCAUUGUGAAUAAAGCACUACGCUUACUGUAGUAUAACGUAUAACAUUAUAAAAUGGUUAUACUAAAUGUAACGCUUAGGUUCAAUGAAACUCGUUUUCGGAUUCAACUUUUUAUUCUUUGCUUCUCCUAUCAGUGACACUGAUCUGUAUUCUCACGACAAACUACGAGUAUGAUGCAAAUAUUAGUUCGUUUUUCCGAUUAUGUUACGACGACUGCGUCCAAGCGGACGCAGUUUUUAACUAGAGGCUGGACGCGGGCGCUUUGGAGGCAGGACGCGGGCAGAGCAGACGCAAGACGCGGGCGUCGUGGAGGCCGGACGCGGGCGUUCUGGAGGCAGGACGCGGGCAGAGUGGACGGAAGACGCGGGCGCUCUGGAGGCAGGACGCGGGCAGACGCGGGGACAAGUUAUUUCUUGGCAGUACUGUAUAUAACUUAUAAUAUAAUAUUUUAACUAUUAUGACGUAUUGCUUAGUUAAUUUGACCAGAACGGUCUGGUUAAAAUAACCAGACUAUUGUAAGUUUAACACAGAACGUUGCUCGCCACACAUGGCGUUCGGAUCAUCAACCAGCACAAUUGUCGUCCACCUAAACAUUUCUGCAGUCUUCCUCCCUCAAUAGUACGGUGUUCCGCUACCCAGCUUUGUCACCGGCUACUACUUGACUUCCCAUGUUAUUCCAUAGACAUGAAUGCUGAAGACUUUUUUCAAUCUUUGUAUGAUACCGGGAGUUGAGUAAUCUGUUGCCACGUCAAUACAAACAGUUGUGACGUAGAGACAUGAAAACAAGACAAUCCAGUAUUUGUCAGUCUUGUUUCGGCCAACUUUGACUGUGAUAGGGCCAACGUGGUCCACGGUCACGUAAGUGAAUGGUACUGUGAAUGUUGCCAUCACUUGUUCCCCGUUUUCCUCUGCCAUCUGCCGACAGAAGACACACUUGGACCUCAAGCUCUUUGCGAUGUAAUGUGAUGUGAUGUGAUGUGAUGUGAUGUGAAUGUGAUGUGAUGUUAUCAUUAAUUUUUUGUGUUUUGCUGAAGAUACGCCAAACAGUUUUUAAGCAUUUGAGCUACUUCAAUAGUGAAAAUUGCGUAGGUUUUGUAACUUUUUGAAAUCUUUCUCAGCCGACAGACAGGUGUAAUUCAUACUUUGCGAUGUAAUGUGAUGUGAUGUGAUGUGAUGUGAUGUGAAUGUGAUGUGAUGUAAUUUAUUAUAAGACAGUGUUAUAUAGAGUUUUUAGCCACUGAGAAACACACGUAAAAAAUACGAUAUUUUUACGUGUGAAAAUAUCAUUUGUUGUAAAACGCAUUGCCACGGACGUUUUAUUGUUUUUCACUGAAUUUUGUUUAUAUAAUAAACAGAAAAAUACACGGGUGCUUGAAAAUACCAGAUUUAUUUCUCGUGUUGAACAUGAUACAGUAGAGAGGUUAAGAUACCCCGAUUCCGAUUUACGGGUACGGGUGAUAUACACGUACCCGUACCUGUAAAUCGGGGAAUAGCUUGUAACUUAAGAAAUCCAAAAUACUCCGGCGUGAGAAAACCAAUAAGAGAAUGGCAACUUUUGCUGUUGAGGUUCGCCAUAAAUUGUUAAAAGCUUUGACCAGUAUAUGUGCAUUAUUUAUUUGGGUAAAAUGUUAACUAUUUGUACUAUUUAAACGGCCCAAAUAUAGUAAACAGGAAACACCCGUACCCGUUUGUCGUUUACGUGAAGACCACGGUUUACCGCGGGGAAACGGGUAGAAAUUACGGGUAAAAUUGCUGACAUCAGCAAAAAUUGGUAAACAAAAUGGCGAUACUCGCACCCGUAAACCGGGGUAUCUUAACUUCUCUAGUAUCUCACUCGUUCGCUGCGCUCACUCGUGAGAUAUCAUGUUCAACACGCGAAAUAAAUCUGGCAUUUCCGGGCACCAUGCAUUAUUCUCUAUGUAAUGUAAUAGAAAUUUACACAUUAAAUAACUAAGCUAAAUUACAAUGUGCUACAAAUACAGUUUAUACUGUUUUUAAAAAUUGAUUAAGAAUGAAAUAAGAACUAUUUAUUAUAUUAUCUUAUACCAUAAAAAACCCAUGCAAGAUUGGCAAGAUUUUCGAAACUAAGAGUUAGCUAAGCUAGGAGUUAUGAAGAGUUAAAUUGUCCUUAUUUAUUGCAUAAAUGAUAGGACUCUGACUAAAUCGUUUAGUUCUGCACGUAUAAUUACAGAUGUGCAUCAAUAAAACUCGCCGAUAAAAUAUUGCGAAACGCUUCGAAAGCAGCGGCUACACAUAUUUAUGUUUAUUUAGUCUUCCUAAAUUAUAUAAUCCUUUCCCUCGCUUCUCCUUGAAGAAUUAGAACAACUUAAUGUAAACUAUAAUUAAAAGUACUUUCUCCGAACUCGUGAGUUGAUCUGCCCUGGAACCAAACCGUUAAAAUUUGAAUUUUUCAAACUUCGUAACCGCACCUCAACUCAUUUCUCCUCAACCCUCCUGAUUUAUUAACUGCACAUUAAUAGAACAAUUGAACGAGAUAUGUUUGGAAAUUAAAUUAAAGAAAACAAGCAAGAUUUCGACAUAACUUAGUCAAUACUAAAACGCGCAGUUUCCUAAACGGGAGGAUCAGAAAUAUGUAAUAGAUGUUUUAUUCGGUAUGUAAUAUGUAAUAUAUGUUUUAUAUAUAUAUAUAUAUAUAUAUAUAUAUAUAUAUAUAUAUAUAUAUAUAUAUAUAUAUAUAUAUAUAUAUAUAUAUAUAUAUACACACUAACGUGCAAUAGCAUUUUGUUUAGUGGUCAGGGAAGCAAUAGCCUACGCGGCAAUGGAAUUUUUUUUUCCGUAGACAGUCGGACUCCUCAUUGAUAGUCGGACGCAUCAUUGAUCCGCGUCUAGGCCUCUGCGCAUUAUCGAUGCAUCUCUUCGUACCCUGCGUAACCCACUGGUGCACCAUUAUUAUAUCCAUCACUGCACGUUGUUCGUCUUCGACCACGUGUAGAAAGAUGAACGACUUGCUUCGCGAUACCAUAGUGAAUCUACAAAUUUUGUUUUUCUGGUUCCGAAAAUACUCAAGAACUGCUAUUGCGAGUUAAAACUAUACAUCAUUCCAAUUGAAGAGAAUUAAGAUAAGAAAACUAGCGUGAAAUGAAAUACACGAACAAAUAGAAGUAUUGCUGAAUAUCCGUCCACUAUAGUAUAACAUAUCGCGUAGCCCGGCCACAUUUCACUGGAUACGUAUAUACUCAGAUCUUAUUGCCUCGUUCUAAUAUACACAAACUAAUUACUAAGACAAUAUUACGAAUUGAUACUAUAAAGGAAAUAUUAUGCAAGACUUUUAAUGUUUAAUAUUAUGCUUAGUAUGCCUUAUAAUAUAAAAAUUUUCUCCCAGCGACGCUAAUUAAUCAUAAUCUGUCAAACACCAAUGUCCGGUUGUGAGGAACAUAUUUACAUAUUACACUACAUCUAAGCUCUCUGUAGCAUGAGAAUUUAAUCUAUUAAAUUACUUGACUGCGUAUAUCCACGUAUCCCCUAAAAUAUAGAAGCUACCUAUAGCAUGAUAAUUUGAUCUAAUGCUAAUCUCACUGCAUACCUCGUUCCCAAAAUAGCUACUUGACAGCGUAUCCGCGUAUCCACUACAAUAUAGAGCUAGCUAUCAAUCUAUUAUUAAUCUAUUGAGAAUAAAUUUAGAUGUUUUAAUACAUCGUAUUCAUGAUGUUUGAAAGGCAUAGCUUAAAUAGUGGACGGAUAUUCUGCAAUCGCUCCGGAAGAUAUUGCAAUGUUUGUUCAGAAUUAUGGAAUCGGAAACUUACAAACCGAGUUACAAAAGUAAAGAAAAGCAAGUGGGAAUGGCGAAUAUAACCAAGGGAGCACGCCAGAAAUAUUUGUGUAAAUUUUACUAACCUUUUAAUUAUAUGUAAAUGUUUUCAAUUUUCAUCGGGCGCCAUUUUGAAUGUUGAAAGUGGUAUAUAUUAUUAGCUUAUCGCAGGCGCAAUAAUUUAUGUUCAUCUUUGACAUUUAUUUAUGUUACACGAUGAUACUCCGAAGGGCGACCGAGAAAGAUCCGAAAUUUAAAAUAAGGCGGAGAUUGGCCAAUGACAAUGCGUAUAUCCAAUUUCGUUAUCUGGCCAUGCUCGUUGACCAAGAACUGUCGAAUCUGAAAUAUAUCAAAACUUGUAUUGAUUUGCAUCGUUGCUCGCCAGCAGUGAAUUUUCGACAGCAGAGAAACAAAAACAUUUGCGAAUGCUGGACACAAAAUACAGUAUUAAUAAUUCAUGAAGGAAAUUCAAAAGAAAUGAAUGUUUAAUCAAUGUAUGUAAAUCGAUCGGAUAUUAGAUUUGUCAAUUGUCCUCAUUUACAUAAACUUCAGCUUCGAUUUUCUCGGCUUAGACAAUGUUUAUUUUUAAAAUUACUUCGUCAAUGACCUCAUAGGAUGGGUCGUCUUUUAAGCACGUUAAAACACGAGCGGCCGAUGUUUAUCUGAUAUACAAACUCUCGCCAUUGUCCCCAAUUUUAAUAAUAUAUUCUAAUGUGACUCGCUUGAACUAAUUAUAGUAGAUCGAAUAUAAAUCAACGGUAAAUCCGAAAAUAAUAAAAAAAAAAUAUUUUCUACAGUAUAUUAUAUUAUAUUUGUUGUCCUACAUUAUAUUAUAUUAAAAUACUCAGUGGUUCCCGUGAUAGUAUGUCUCAUUUUGUUUCCGGUUUGUUCCUAGCAACAUCAAAUGUUCCUAGCAACAGUCAACCAGCAUCAGUGGAUAAUAGUUCGGCCGUUUCACUCCCCUUUUUAUCAUUUCUCCGCCUUAUUUUAAAUUUCGGAUCUUUCUCGGUCGCCCUUCGGAGUAUCAUCGUGUAACAUAAAUUAAUGUCAAAGAUGAACAUAAAUUAUUGCGCCUGCGAUAAGCUAAUAAUAUAUACCGCUUUCAACAUUCAAAAUGGCGCCCGAUGAAAAUUGAAAACAUUUACAUGUAAUUAAAAGGUUAUUAAAAUUUACACAAAUAUUUCUGGCGUGCUCCCUUGAUAUAACUUAAUAAAAUAUAUUAGAUGUCAUCACCCUCGUAUUUUGGCAUCUCAACCAAGCAAUACAAUAUUAAAUAUUUUGAAAUCACCAUGCAAUUGCGUGCGCAAGACACACUGGGAAGACGCAUCUAAUAAGAAGAGCAUCUGCUGAAUAUAUUGUUACGGGCGCGGGUCAAUGAUGCGUCCGACUAUCAAUGAGGAGUCCGACUGUCUACGGAAAAAAAAUUGCCGCGGCGAUAGGCUGCGUUUCUACUCUACUGCAAGAAAAGAUGAUACAAUAUUUUUCUACAGAAAUCCAAUUAUUACCCGCUGCUUUUAUCUUGAUUAUUUUUAAGCAUUUCUGAACUCUUUGGGACAAACUAACUUGCACGGAAAUUAUACCAAUAUUUUACUCAAUAUUUACUCUUUUUAUAGAUGGUUAGAUACGAUCCUUUCGCAGACAAUAUUUCACACAAAACUGGUUGUAGAUAGUGCUAUGAAAGAUGACCUUGCACGAAAGCUUGCUCUAGCCAUUGAGAAGUUAGCCAAGAUUAAGCACGAGCACAACGAAAGUAUGAAGAGUCUGGAGGAUGAGUUUGAAAUCAAGAAAAGGGAUACAGUUGAUAAAUUGUCUGAAUACGUUUCAUCAGAUGUUUUUAAAAUCGAUGUUACAUCGUGGAGUGAAGACCAAUGUCCACAACUGGAAAAGUCUUGGGAAGAAACAGAAAAGAAGAUUGACGAAACUAUCAAGCAAAGAUUCAUUGACGAGAUAGAAAAGUGGGAGACAGAGAACAAUAUUAUUGCAGGUGCUCGGAAUUCACUGUUCGUUAAGUUGACAAGGCAAAAAAACCUCCUACACAUGCGCAUUCAGAACGUUGAAGAUUACAUUGUCCAAGAUGCAGCUCCAGUCCAAAAUACAGAUGAAACCAGAUCGUUAUACAACUGGCAAAAAAUAUUAAUCGGAGCAUUAAGUCCAAUAUGGGCUCCUAUGGCAAUAGUGUUUGGUCUUUUUAGCCUACCUUUUCUAAGUGUCAUUGCAAUAAGGAACGCCGUUCAAGCAGCGGGAGAUAAAGUGUCGUAUAAGAAGAACAAGCCAAGCUACAUGGCUAAAAAGGCCGAAGAAUUUCUCCAUUACUGCAUCAAUCAAAUGAUUUUCCAUCCGUUUGUCUUACAACAACUGCAAGAAAUAAACAAGGACAUGGUAAACGCAAAGCAUGAGAUUACAGAAAUAAUUGCUGCCAACAAACUAUAUCUUUGGAAACUUAUUGAAGAGAGUGCAUUGAUAGAGAAAGAUGCAAAGAUUUACGCCCAAGUAUGUGUCAAUUGCUCUAAUAUCAGAGGAGAAUUGUCCGUUUUUGCCAUUGAAGAUGUUUGGCUUAGCGAUAUUAGCUUCAAAAACUUGGAAUGGGAUGCGAGGGCCUUAAUUGAUCGUGGAGCAUUUGCUGAUGUUUUCAAAGCAAGGAUGAUUACAGCUGAUGAAGGAUGGUUGAAUGUGUCACUUAAAGUCUGCAAUAAAGUACUCACCACUCAGAAUGCUUCCAUUCUGUUGGCAGAGGAACAAACGUUAAGGUAUAGUUUAUAAUUUAUGUUUAUAUUAAAUAAUUUUUAGCUUGUGUUUAAUCUCAUUGUGUGAGAACAUAAUUUCAACUUCAAAUCUGAACCACAAUAUAUUUCAAUUGUACCUCAAUGUACAAGACCAGUCAUACUGUAGUUUACAAUUUCGGCACCUAAAUUUAUGUACGAUGGCCAGCUCCAUUUCGCGUGCAUGUGUAUCUGCAGCUACUGCAUCUCAUCCAGUUGAUGUGCCAUGCUUUAUAUUAGGGACACUGGAAGAUUUUUGAGGACAAGGUUUGUGGAGCAUCAACGUGCUGUCAUUGGCAACGAUGUUAACAAAAUUGUUGCCAAGCAUUUUAAUCCCCGAGGAAAGCCAUUACAGCUAGGGUACUAAUUCUGCUCCGGUAUUUACUCUCGGGAAAAGGAGAGAUAAUUAAGGGAUUUCAUCAUUUACUGUUGUGUUCCCGUAGUAUUAAUAUGAAUGUUUUUCCACAUGUUUAGCACUAUCUGUUUUCCUGACAAAAGCGGGCAUUGAUAGCAUUUUUUACAUUGACUUAUAAAUAUUUCAGACCUGUUUCAUAUUUAUGAUGUAGUUUCCCCAAUAUUUCUUCCAUUCGAAUACGGGCGUAAGCCUAGGGCAAGAGUACUUUUCCGUUUUUUUAAGGCCAUUUUCCACCUCAACCGUACUAUAGCGAAACAUACUGGUGAUCGAUCAUGCGUAGAUUGAAAAGAGUUUGAUAAAUUGACGUACUGUAUUUCCAGGUGUAUUCGUGUAUACAAAUGAAAUAUUCGUUGCAUGUCAACUUUUUGGCGCACUACAGAAGUAUUAACCGAUCGACAUUCGCUAAAUUUUGAAAUUCAAAAUUGUUUUGAUACGUUUCGGUACGGUACGCUUGAAGUGGAAAACGGCCAUCACACCCGGGAAAGGAAAGUAUUAUCGAAGUAUAAACUUCAUCAAUAAUCGUGGAAGCAUGGAUAUGGUUCACAGUUUACCGUGCGUAGUAUGGGUGGAUGGUCAUCCUUAAUGAUCUCAAGAUAUAGCUGACAUUUAUUAUUUCAAAUUUGCAUGAUAACGACUGCAUGACGACAGCGAUUUAACAAACAUUUCUUGCAAAUUUUAAAAGCUUUUUCAGAAAAAAAUAACCCGAAAAGCUUUCAGUCAAUUUCUUGAAAAAUGACGAAUUUCUCGUUACAGAAGUAUCUGCAUUCUUGGCAUUGAUCUGCACGCACCGUUCUUUUUUAACAACCAUCAUUAGGUUAGGAUUGCAAGAUUUUGAUCAUGCUCACGGUGAAUGGUUGCUUUACUAAUUGUGAAUUGCCAACACUAUUUGUCGGCAUGUGCUUUGAUUUUCAUCCUCCGUGACGAAUCACGUUUGCGAAUAAUUUCCGAAAAAAAGUAGACAUUGUUGGCCUGAAGAAUCUAGUUGCGGACAGUGUGUUUUAUUAAUUAAUAACAAACUGGUAGCUCUGCAAGUGGCCGUAUGAGGUACAGUUCGAUAGUUGCGUAGAAAUACCUGCUACUCUUCUGCAGUAUUUUUCUUCGCAGCUUAGAGCUACAUUUUAAGGUCUUCACAAACCUAGCUUUCAGCUCGCCAUUGGCCUUGUAAAAUUGCAAUGUUUAGUUCUACAUUAAUCAAGCAGUUGAGAAAAUUUGACAAAUUUUUCUCCAUUGAAUGGUGGCCCUUUGUAUGCAUUUGUAGCGGUUCUUUGGUGUAGAUCGGUGUCACAGCUUGGCACGGUAAACGUACUUUAAUCUCAUUUCUCACCAUUUUCAUGGGAACCAUACCUACUCCCCAAGCAGAGAUUUGUUCUUACUAUACCAAGGUGUCCAUCGUAAAUGUUGAGGGAUAGUGGAUGAGGACUGUCCAACGUGGGAUGAACCAGCUUCUGGUGAGUGACCUUGAGAAUCCGUGGAACAUCGACUAACAGACUGAGAACUACUGUAAAGAAUGGUUGGGUAGUCCAUAGCGGAACCACAAGAAUUCCUGUUGCCCAGUCUUGUAUGAUCUUCUGCACACAUCUAGAUACAAGACAAAAUGAGGGGAACGCAUAAAAGUAAAAACAUGACCAUGUGAUCGAAAAGGUAUCUAUGAAUUUACCCUUUGGAUCUGGUUAACAAAAAACAUAAUCUUGGAGUUGGGCAUUCAGCCUACUAGCAAGAAGAUCUAUGUCUGGUUGGCCAAAUAACGAGACGAUUCUUUGGAAAGUAUGUAAAGCUAACAUCAAUUCCAAAUUGAAAAUUUAAAUUUCGGGACAAUUGGUCGGCAUCUACAUUGGCAGAUCCGGCAAUAUGCGCUGCUGACAACCAAAUUCCCUUGGCAAUGGCCCAACUCCAAAUUGUUUGAGCAAUAGUAUUACACCCUGCAGAUCUACAUCCUUCCAUUUCAUUAAUGUAUGUGACAGCAGUUGUGUUAUCACACAUAAUCCGCACAUGUAUGCUACUUCUAUCACGCAACAAAAAAGGGCUAAUUGAAUGGCCAAUAAUUCCAAACAAUUUAUAUGUUUUUCAGUUUCAUCAUGUGACCAAAUGCCACAUGUUGUGCUGCCAUUCUCAAGUUUGGCUCCCCAUCCUGUUCCAGAUGCAUCAGUGUAAAUUGUGAUAUCUGGAGUGGUAUGAUAGAUUUUUCUAAUGGAUAACUGAAUGUUGUUUACCCACCAAUGAAUCUCCUCUAAACUGUCUGCAGACAAAGACAUUUCUGCAUCAAAAUUACCUUGAUCCAUUCUUAAAUAAUAAUCUUUGUCUGCCUCAAUAUGACGAUAAUGAAGAGGGCCAAACUCAACUCCAGGAAAAUAUGAAACUAGAGAACCAAUCAAAGAAGCCAUGCCACCUGGCGAAUAGUAAACCAUGUGUUUGGGCGCAAAACUUCUGACACAAUCGCAUAAGUUUUGCUUUUUUAUUUGGUAUAAGAGUAAUUAACUGUCAUAGUUACAGAAUUCAAAAGAAACCCAAGGAAUUCUAUUAUACAUUGUGAGGGUAAGGUAACUGAUUUAUCAGGGUGGAUCUUAAAACUCAAAUUAAUAAUCAACUUGGCUGCAUUAAGGGUAGCCUGGAUACAUUCCGCGUGAGACCCCUCUAUAUCAAAGGAGUCAUCAAUAUAGCCAAAACAGGUGUGUCCAAACUGAGAUCUAAGUGUUGCAAAAACUGGCUUCAUGACCUUUGUAAAAACUCUAGGACUACUUGACAAACCCAUUGGCAAACAAGUGAAACAAUACAAUUUAUCCCGCCAUAUAAGUUUUAAUAUAAAUAUUUUUGAUGCUCCAAUGCUAUAGGAAUAGAAUAAUAAGCAUCUUUGAGAUCAAUGGAGGUCAUGAAGCAACCAGGUCUCAUAAGUCUGAUAGCAGUAUCUAAAGUAUCCAUUUUAAAAUGGUGAUAUGAAACAAAUUGAUUGAGUGUCUUUAAGUUGAAAAUUACUCUACUAGUUUUUUGGGUGUACUAAAUAUAGGUGACACUUCACCAGAUUCAGGAACGGAAUGCCUAAAUAUUCCUUUUUGGAGAAACUUUUGAAUUUCCCCAUCUAUGACAGUUUGCUCAGUUUCAUUAAAAGUAAAAUAUGGUUUAGCAUUACUAACAUUUGAUUCUGGUAAAGAAUCAAAUUCAAGAUGACAAUGAGUCACAGCAUCCAAAAUAAAUGGAUCUGAUGUGAUUUCUGUCCAAGCUUUCAAACCACCUGUCUUAAAUGGUAGCUGAUUAGCAAUUAUCGUAGCAAUGGCAUCAUUACUUACCUCGGUUGGUGAUCCUAAUUUCCUUUGUUGACUGAUGUCUUGGUGCUUGUCGGGGCCCGCCCGUGACCCCGGCCUACCCCGAAAAAAGGGGAGUAUGACUUGUUCCGCGACCUCGACCGCUAGUCUGAUUAAAACGACCUCGUCCACGUGCACCUCUGCCAAACAGCACCCUGUAAGGUUCUGUACGGUAAUCCGAACGGGGCUUGGUGGACUGGUAACUUUGUUGCUAAGCUUAUUGGACUUAGUAAGCUCCCCCACUUCUUUAUUCAACUCAUCACCAAAGAGAUAAGUUGAAAUGGCCGUUGAUGGAUUGCACAACGCACCAUACUGCUUGUUAAGAUCAGGACGAAUCAAGUCCCUGCGUUUCAUGUUGAACUCUCGAUUUGCUGUUGACAAUAAAACAGCUGCAUUGGCAAGCUUAGAUUUUUUAUCCCCAUCACAAACAUUGCACACCUCUAAGACAGCACAAAGACCUGAAAUCAAUAGACCCUGUGUCUUUUGGAGAGCAGAAUUUGUUUGUAAACCUUAGGUGCAACUAAUUUGGGACAAUUCUCUGGUCUGAUAUACUGUAAUUGGACCUCAGACAAUUUUUCUUUGGUCAGUCUAUCCCUGAGCGCAGGCUAUUAACAAUUUCAGCCAACCCAGGAUAAGAGCUGGCGAAGAUUUUUCUAGGACAGAAAAUUCCACUGCCAAAUUCUGGAAUGAGCCAGUAGCAGUUGGAUCUUCCUGGUCAGGAAUGUUCGGCUGAACCGAAAAUUUUCAAUUUUAUCUGUAAUUCCAGGCUCUGAUGCCUCACCAGUGGAGGCAACUUCCUCAUUCUCAAUGGCAACAGACUCAAAAUCUGUAUAAAUUUGAUCAAUAUUAUCUUUAACUUGUGAUAAAAUAUCCUUCUUAGUUUCAUCAAGUAACUCUUUAAACAUAGAUUUCAACUGGGAGGCUGAAGUCGAGGGGAUAAUCGCCCUGGUUUCGCUGGCUAGCACACUUUUAUUUUCCAUCACCUAAACGAUAUGGUGAGGAACUAUUAUUGUAUAAUAAAUAUAAAGAGCAAAGACACGUCUUAUGCUCAAGUAAUACAGGACACGUCCUGUAAUCGUAAACCAGCGAAUUUAUAAGCACAAAACACGUUCUGUGCAGACCACGCGGCAGUGUGACACGCCACAAGCCAAUGAAUUCAUCAAAUUUGAAGUGCUUAAACUUAAUAAAAUGUGGUAAAUCACGUCUACCACCGUUUCAACAAGAACCAAAAGCAAUAAAAAUCAAUGAACUUACCUUAUAAGAUCAAGUAGAACCCUAAUUUUAUCGAAAAUGUCUUCCAAACUCCUUCUCCAACGGCGUAUAACAAUGCACUGAUCUACGGCGAAGCGUGCGCAUCUCAUGGUAACCCGGAUGUACGUAGUGAUUUAGUAGAAAUACCAAUGAAGAACAUAUAGUACACUGUAUGGAUGUUGACUUCUCUUGAUAAAUUCAACCCAGGGUGGUCCUAGGUGACAAAGCUGCUUUGAGACACUCAAACGAUGACGGUUUCUCUUCUGUUUACUGUAAUUUCAUUGCUAUGCAUGUGAGCUGACAGAGAUGGCUAAUGUAGUGGUCAUCCCGAAAUGUUUGAUCAACAUUGAACAGAAUUCGAAUGCAGGAGAGCUGAGAAGAUCCGGGAAGACUGCCAUGGUGGCCGAGAACUGCCAAUAGUCUUUCGUAUUUUUAGUAGGAAAUUUUUUGGAAAUAAAUAUUUUUUAAAAACCAUUUUAAAAACACAAUCAAAUUUAAAUUGAAAUUAAAACAAAAGUAAAACAAAAGUGAAAAGAAAGUUAAAUAAAAAGAAAAUGUAACUUUAAAGUAAAACAAAUUUAAAACAUAAUAUAAAUCUUUUUUAUCGCCCAAGCGCUGCCACUACCAUGAUUCUUUGCGAACCUAAUAAACGUAUUCUAAUCGCCGAACCAACGGCGCGGAGCGCCGUUCCGGGCGUAAGCCCGAGGCGAGGGUACUAAUUCGUCCGGCUAUUUGCACUCGGAGAAACGAAAGCAUUAGCGAAGGCUAAAGUUCAUCAGCGAUUGCGGGCGUGGGUCACUGUGCGUGUUGCGGUGGGUGGUCAUCUCACUGAUCUCAAAAUAUGGCUGUUUGCCAGGAGUGAAGAAGGCAAAAAAUAUAAAAAAUACAUGUACUGAAAACUUGGAAAAUAGUUUCACAUAACAAAUUGUAAAACUUUUUUGCAAUUUUUGAACGUAAACAUUUAUAAGAAUUGAUAUAGUAUGAUAAUUCCUAAAGUAUAAGACAAGACAUUAGUUUGUUUCAAUUGUUUAAGUGUGACUUUGUACUAUUAAAUAAAUAGACUUUAUUCUUGUGUUCAAGUCUUUCCUAUGCAUUGUAUGCGAAAGUUUCUUAGUUAAAUUAACUUUUGUAGAAGCUCAUGAUAAAAAGUAAAGUAAAUUAUUUUAGUAAAUAUUAGCGUCUUGUGGGAAUUAAAUUUAUUCCCUUUCAAAGUGCGAGUAAGAAGUUGAAGUUCGAGUUGAGGAGUUUAUAAAUAUCGACAAAAAGCAGUUAAUUUCAAUUCACAUUUAAAAACAUUUUACGUAGAGUUUCGUUUUGAAUUUUACAUUCAAAUAAAGCCCAUAGAAACCAAAAUAAUAUACCUACUUUAUAUAUUUUAGAAAUUGAUAGUUCUGUAUUUAAAAGUGUUCAAAUUUCAUCUAUUUUUUUCAGGUUUGUACAAAAAAUUAAAAAACAAUUAUCGUGUUGCCAUGACUGUCAUGACGUGCAACGCGAGCCUGCGUUCAGUGUUGGCGUAAUUACGAAUGCUUCAUGUUGAAACAAUGUUUGGAAAAUAUAGGCGAGGGGUUGUUGCAUGCAUGCAUUUCUAGUAUACUUCAUGUCAGCUGUCAUCUAGAACCAGGAACGCAAACUACACGAUGAUUGUCUGAAAACAACAUUGCAAAAAGAUGUUAAGCAAAGCCUUAAAGGUCUGAACUUUUAGAUCUUAUGGAAUAUGAAUUCCUCAAAAUUCUGCGAGCAUUCGUACCCUCGACAGACUCUCACUCUGGGUUGGUCGGUUGUAGAUACGGUUGUACCAGACUGCAGAGUUGGGCAGUUUUCGAGAGGAUUUUGGGUGCAGAAAACAAUAUAUGGCCUAUAUCAACCAAAAAAGCCGUCUUUGCGGACUAAUAACCAUGGUGACCUACCUUUUUAUUGCAGAAAAUACAUUGUUAUGAAGUUUUCAAUCUUUUUUGAAAAUUAUUUGAAAGUUGCCAGUGUAGUUUUCGAAAAACUGAAUUUCAGCCUUUCCAAAGGCUAAAAUGCAAUCUUUAAAGGCUAAAAUACAUUUUCUCGAAAACUACACUAGCGAUUAAUCAAAUAACUUUCAAAAAAGGCUUGUGCGAGAAAUUACUUUUUUGGAUUCAAAUACAGUAGCUUUUUGUUCAUAUCUCUGACACAUAUUGGAACUGUAGGGAGCCUCCUUAAUCUGCUCUUAAAUUUCAAUUGUUUCAACAUGUAUUUGGCUACUUUCGUGACUCUGAUUCUCUUUUAGACUCUGAUUCUCUUUAAAUUAUGUACACUUAGGAACUAUUUUGCCUUAGAUUUUCAACUUUUUUUCACCCAAGAUCUCGUCGAAAACUGCCCAACUCAACAGUAUGGUACAACCGUGCACUGUUGCGAAGGUAGAAUUUUGUUAUCAUAUUAACUUGUCAUGACUACCUAACCGGGGUGGACCCAGUGGGAUCCCUUUGUUGUAAAGUUGCCUUUAACUUAAAUACGGCGCGUAUUUUUCCCAACACCCAUAGACGGAUUUUGUGUGUGUGUGCGGGGGUGCAGAGGUACUAAUUAAUAUAACCCCCCAAACAAAAUGUCCACCCCUCCAAAACAAUUUCGACCCCUCCCCUCCACCCCCCCAAUAUUCAGCAUAAUAAAAAAUAAUUAAAUAGUCCACUCCAACGUGCAGAGUGUUGAUGAUACAAAAUAAACGUAGGAGUACACUCAAAUAGAAAACGACAGUGCAACACUCUGAAACUAAUCGCUCCUCGCUUGCAUUCACUGGUUUAUUGGAGCAAUUGUAAAGUUUUGAAACUCUAUUAUCUCCCCUGAAUAGAGUUUGCAGUGCCUUGUCAUGCAAACAGCUUGCUUGCAAGGAACGUUUGGAAUUUUUACGAACAUUAUUUUUAGUUUUUAAUUAUAAAAACUAGAUUUAAUCUGUACGCCCCAAAUAUUAUUUACAUCGGAGUUGCAUCAUAAAUUGUACUUGGAUUCAAACGACACAACGUCAAUGACUUUAUAAAAGUAAAAGCAUAUUGUGUAUUGACCUAUUGGGUUUACACUUUUACAGGUUCAUUUAACUUUAACUCUCUCAAGUCUCAACAGACAAUCGGACAUGCCAAAUCCAUUGAUAUGACAACUUCAAAAAACUUUUUUUCGAAGCUAGAAAUCAUGAUUUUUUUCAAAUUUUUCUUGGGAUACUUUGUUUUCUGCUCUCUAGACUCCCCCUCGCGGCUCUAGUGCCCCACCCCUAGGAUAUAGACCUUACUGAGGUUUGGUGACACUUUGUGUUGCUUCAGUCACCUGCUCACGGCUCACCCCCCUAAAAUUUCUGGCACCACCCCAGUAAAAAAUAUGAAAAUCCGUCUAUGCCAACACCACCGUGAUUUUCUAAAUUUCAAUACCUUCAGGAUUUAGGGCAUACCCUGAAAUGUAUCUCAAUAGUAUUCGUAAUCAUAGCCAACAGAAGCCUCUGCGGAGGAGAGAGAGAGGGCACACAAUGAUGAUACAAAUUUAUAACGAUGGUCACGGGUUACACUUGGAUUGUGUUCUCGACGAAUCUUUGUAUGCAUGGCCCAUGUAGGCUGUAGCGAAGCAGCUUUCCACGACUUUAAGUUCCUUUCCGAGCCAUCACAAUGUUUACAUUUCUGUUUAUAUCCACCAUGCACUCAGAGUGAGUCUCUCAGUCUUCGCGAAACCUCAACAAAUAUUUAUUUCAUAUAAAAUCUCGAAGCGUCUGUCGAGGCUACGGAUUCUCGUAGAAUUUCGAGGAAUGCAUGUUCCGUAAGAUCUAAAAGUUCAGACCUUUAAGGCUUUGCUCAACAUAUUUUUGCAAUGCUGUUUUAAGACUAUCAUCGUGUAGUUUGGUUUCCUGAUGUCGGCCAUCUUUAAUUUCCCGUAAACCACUAUAUGGCAGCUGACAUGAAGUAUAUUAAAAUACGAUUAUUAGGUUGGCAAAGAAUCAUCGUACACGCGUAAAAACGCUCAGAUUGAUGCAAUACUGACGAAAACAGGAUUGAACAAUGUUUUGCUGCCCACAUUGUUCAUGGCUGUCAACAAUAUCGAACAAUAUUGUUACACCCGAUUCAGGCUCAACAACAUUGUUCAAUAUUGUUGACAGCUAUGAACAACGUGAGCAGCAAAACAUUAAUUGUGCAGACCUGUGCAACGGGCUCGGCGUUUUUUGCCGUGUAGUGGCAGCGCUCGGCUGAUAAAAUUUUUAUUCUAUUUUAAAUUUGUUUCAUUUAAAUUUAUAUUUUCUUUUUAUUUAACUUUCAUUUCACUUUUGUUUUUAGUCGGGCAGAUGGAGGAUCAAAAUUAUGGAAACUUACCACAUCGUGGGACAAUUUCAUUUUGCCUUCAUAUUGUGCCCUGUUUUUCCCUUCUAUCUGCCCGACUAUUUAAUUUCAAUUUAAAUUUGAUUGUGUUUUUAAAAUGGUUUUUAAAAAUAUUUAUUUUUAAACAAUUUCCUAACAAAAAUUACGAAGAAACUAUUGGCAGUCUCGCCCACCAUAGACUUCGUACUUCUGAUGCAUUGCUUUGUGGAAUAAUGUACUGAAGGCCUUCGACUUUUCUUAGAUCAGGUGACAUUUCUUUCUCUGUGAUCAAGUAACUUCAGACUAGCAUUAUGAGAGCUCUAAAUUGACACUUUGGAUGGAAAAUUAAUGGUUCACCCAUUGUCCUCAAGCUUCUAAACAACCGCUUUAAUGGUCUUGGUCGUUAUUGUCGAUUUCACCAAGGGAAAUGUAAUCACUGAUAUCCUUAACACACGGUACAUCACUAAUUACAUCACUAACUCCCUUCUAAAAUAUUUCAGCUGCAAAAGAAAGUUUGUGUCUGAACAAUCUGAUGUGGGACGAGAUUGAGGGUUGUUAGGGGUGAUCCUCAUAAGGUGGGGCUCUCGAUACGUCCCGCUAUGUCUUCUACCUCGAAUUGUUCUAGUUUAUUCUCCAGCUACAGCUUAGAUAGGUUUCAGCUUUUGGGAUGUUAUCCAGCUAAAAAACUGAUUAAUCUCUUGCUGUUCUGAAAAAAAGGCAUGAAAUGACAAAGUGUAUUUGAAAUAAAUUUUGCAUAACAGCUAGGCCUUACAGAAAGUACGCAUAAAAUGUACGUCUCGCAUAGAACACUAGUUCUGUUAAUACACUCGAGCAUCCGGGCCUACUGCCAGGCAUGCAUGUAUUUAUGCAUAUAUAAUCGCAUUUACAAUAUUCGCCACAUAAAAUAUUUCCUCCGAUGGAAACAUUUAUAUCAAACUUGCCAGACAGGUUUAAUGUCUUUUUCACUGAUGUAGGGGUAUAAUUUUGUUUUUGAUAUUUGGGGCGUUGGCAUUACACGAUUGAAAUCUUGCUCACUCAGCAUAUUUAGCACUUUCCGUGGCUCGAGCACUUUUGAGUAGACUUUCUAGGGACUAGGGUAAAGCUUUGGUAAGGCUUUUUCAGCAAAGCGACAAUGAAAAGCAACGCUUGCCUUAAUUGGAUAUUUAACCGCUAAACUAUUAGUAAUUAACGCUAGUCAAACUAUAAUUUUUACGAGGGUUGUUCUAAAAAGGAUGUUCACUUUUAAUCGUUGCUUUAGGGGUUACGUAGCUAAGGGAUAUAAUUAUUUCUAGACUUGUGUUAUUUUGCAACCAAUGCACCAUUUAUGCACAUGCAGACACAUGCACGUUCGCAGCCAAGACAUACACCUAAAAUGUGUGCAAAUUUCAGAACAAUCUUUUAAAACGCACGCUUAGGUCGCCUUUUUAGUGCAUGUAUACGACUCAAAAUUAACAUAUCUGAAAAUUGACUGCAAUGCUAUUAGUUAUUAUGCAUGCAAUAAGAUUUAGGAAAAUAAAUUAACUGAAAAUUAACUUUAACAUUACUGUAACAGCAUAUAGCUUCAAACUUACAUCAAAUUUAACUGAAUUUUGCCUGAAAUGAAAACGUCAUUCCUACCACAAACUAACCUCGAACUUACUUCAAACUAACCUCAACAUAACCUAACUCAACAUGACCUCAAUAUAACAUCAAACUUGCGUCAGUCAAACUUUAAUUCAACCGACCUUACCUCAACCUAUAAACUUUAAACUACUGGCCUCACUCCCUCAUCUCAGUUUCAACCUAGCCUCAACCUAACUUCAAUCUUGCCUAAUUAAACUAACAUGAAAGUAACGUGAACCUGAACUUUAAGUUUAACUUAUAGUAAGCACGUCAUCCCCCUCACUUCAACCAAACCUCACUCAUUUCUGUCUCAAACUUCAAGUCAAUUUCAGCCAAACGGCAACCUAACAUCAACACAAUAGCCCAACCUACCAUAAUGCCAAUCUUAUCUCAUGCAGCCUUCCAGUGAUUCAAUCUCGGAACCUAACCUCAAUCUUGCAAACAGAACAAUGCAACAAAAUCUUUUUGUCAUUUUUAUUGCAGAAUACUUGACCACAAGAAUGUUGUAAAAUUUUACGGAAGAGCGUUGCAGCGUGAGGACAGUGGUGUUAAGUUAAUCUUUGCAAUGGAAUUAUGUGCAGGAAAUUUGAGGUCAUUUCUUUCAGCACAACCCGAGUGUAUUCCAGCAAAUUCACCGUACAGCCUAGCUGAAGUAGUUCGUGCAACGGUUCAACGGGCAAAAGAUAUUGCAAUGGGGCUUCAAUAUUUGCAUGAACUUGGCAUUGUUCAUCGCGACUUGAAGCCUGAAAAGAUCCUGGUAAGAAAUGUAUUCUGUUAAGAGUUAUUUCGGUAUUCAAUAAUUUCGAUGCCUUCUGAAUUAAUGGUUAUCUCCAUCCCCACAAAGGACUUUUGUCUAACUCGAAAACCAUUUUUCCCAAAAUAUGGGUGGGGGAGGGGGGCUUAUUUAAUUAAAAUUUUAAUUUAAUUUAAUUGCUUUUCCAUCAUUGUGUGAUACUAGACAUAAACACAUACGCACGCACGCACCCACACAAACACACACACACACACACACACACACACACACACACACAUACACUAAAGUGAUGGCUGGGUAACCACAACAGCCUGAAAAGCCAAUUUCUGUUGGCCCAAAGAUUAAAACACAAACAUAUAUGCAAACACACAAUUAAAACUCUAAAAACAGCAGUUCACUAGUUCAGUUAACGUUCUUGCACAGUUGCAUUUUGGGCAGAUAGUUUUAAAUGUUCUUGGAUCAUCAUCACAUGUUAUGCUCUCAUGGCUGUGGAAGGAAGUUGUUCUUGUAUAUAAUAAUAUACUGCGAAAAAAUAUUACUAGUUUUACUUACAUUAAUUUACAGAUUGGAAUGGACAAUUGCUUGAAAAUUGCUGAUGUUGCUAUUUCCAAAAGCGUAAAUGAAGUGACAGGAACUGGAUUUCGAACAGUCUUGUACAUGGCCCCUGAAAUACUUGCCGCGGAAAUUCCUGAUGUUCGCUCAGAUAUUUACAGUUUUGGUUUGAUCUUGUGGGAGAUGUGGUAUGGAAAAGUGGCCUUUAGUGAGCUUGGCGUUAUCUCGCGGAAGGAAUUCAGUAAGUUGAUCGAAAAAAAACAUCGUCGACCCACAAUUUUCAAGGAAGGAGUCUUUCCGCCUAUCCCCACUUUUGAAUCACUAAUGAAGAAUUGUUGGGCAACGGAUCAACUUGUACGGUUAACUGCUGACGAAUGCGUGGCUCAGCUAGAUGCUAUCUUAACUCGUUAA